AUGUCUACAAACGGUCGGAACUCUCCAGCCUCGAACCCCUCUCCACGAGCCGCGGCUGCCGCCCAGCUGCUGUCCACCUCUCCAGCUUCCUUUCGCGCUCGAUCGCUCGGCACAUCUGUCCCACGCUCUGACACCACCGCACGACUUGCAUCGCAGGUCCAACCGCUGGGCUCGUCGCCCUUGGCAACUCCAAAUGGCCGUCGUGGAUCUGGCCGGUGGUCGCCGUCCGGGGCACUGACGCCACUUGCGGGUGGCAAUCCGUCCAGCUCCGUUGCCGUCGGGCCCGGAGUGUCUGCCCUCGCAGCCGCCCUGGCGAAUUCGGGCGGUGGCUCCCCCCCGAGAUUGGGCACGCCGCCGGUCAGGACCGCCUCGCCUGCAGCAGCAUCGACGAGAGCACUCAGCAGCACACCGCUCACCGGCACUAUCGGUCUGGGCUCUGGUGCCGGGCUGACGCCGACGAACUACGGUUCCUUCGAGUCGAGACCUCGUUAUGCCACGACAGCAGGUGCUUAUGAGGAUCCGGAGAUUGUGCGACGACACCUGGUCCUGCGGUCGGACGCGGCCAGCAUGUCAGACAGGCCGAGCGAGGGCAAGGGAAAACAGGCAGCAGGGGCUGAAGAUGCCGCAGUGGCAGCAGGGAUGGCAGAGUACGGCACCGACGGUGACCUCACCGGCGUCGGGGCGUCUGCCAUCGACGACGAAGAGUUCUCAAGUCUGCAGCUGCAGGGUGGCGACAUCACGCGGCCAAUCUACCGCUGGACGGAGGAGGCGACGAGCCGGGUGAACCGCAGCCAGAGCUUCAGCAUGCCGCGACCGGAGCCGGAGAGCGAGGUGUUGGACAUCAACACGAUUAAGGUGCCAGGUGGCUUCCGACGCAACUAUCUGCGGCGGACCAACGGGGCGAGCGGCGACGGGGCGAUGGAGGAGGGCGAGGGUGGCUACGGCGCGACGGACGCGCACCGCCAUCGCCACCAUGGCGGCGCAGCACACAAGGGCCGGCUCUUCACCGCGAGCUUCCUCGAGUUCCUUUCGGUGUACGGUCACUUUGCCGGCGAGGAGUUGGAGGAGGACGACGAGGUGCUCAAGCCGGGCGAAUACUUUUCCUCUGGCGAAGACGGCUCCUCUGGCGAGGAUGGCGGGCCGGCCUGGGACAGUGACAUGGGUAGUAGCAGCGGCAGUGACGCGGGCAGCGACGACGAGCUGCUCGAGGACAGCACGGUGCUCACGCCGUCGCGGCGUCGCCGUCGACGCAAGACGAGGGGCGGUAGUGGCAACGCCAGUCCGAUGAACGCGGCGGCCGUGCUGCUCAAGUCGUUUGUCGGCACGGGCGUGCUUUUCUUACCGCGGGCCUACCUCAACGGCGGCAUGCUGUUCAGCAACCUGGUGCUGCUGUUCGUGGCCGCGCUGAGCUACUACUGCUUCGUGCUGCUGGUCACCACGCGGCUGCGCGUGUCUGGCUCCUUUGGCGACAUUGGCGGCAUCCUCUACGGCCGCUGGCUGCGCUACAUGAUCCUCGGCUCCAUCGUCUUCAGCCAGAUCGGCUUCGUGGCCGCCUACAUCGUCUUCACGUCCGAGAAUUUGCAGGCUGUCAUCCUGGCCGUCACCAAGUGCGAGACCUUGAUCCCCAUUAAGUAUCUCAUUCUCAUGCAGAUGGUCAUCUUCUGGCCUUUCUCGCUGCUGCGCGACAUCAGCAAGCUCGGCUUCACCGCCCUCGUGGCCGACGCCUUUAUCGUCAUCGGCCUCGCCUACCUCUUUUAUUAUGAUAUCCUCACGCUCGAGCGUUUCGGCCUUGCCGACAUCACCCUCUUCAACCCUGUCGACUGGACCCUCUUCAUCGGGACUGCCAUCUUCACCUUUGAGGGCAUCGGACUCAUCAUCCCCAUCCAGGAGUCCAUGCGCCACCCGGAAAAGUUCCCGCGUGUGCUCUUGGCCGUCAUGGUCAUCAUCACCACCAUCUUUGUCGUCAUGGGCGCCGUGUCCUACGCCGCCUACGGCUCCAAGACCGAGACGGUCGUGCUGCUCAACCUGCCGCAGGACAACCACCUUGUCAACGGGGUGCAGUUCCUCUACUCGUUGGCCAUUCUGCUGUCCACGCCGUUGCAGAUCUUCCCCGCCAUCCGGAUCACGGAGAACGGCCUGUUUACGCGCAGCGGCAAGUACAACCCCUACAUCAAGUGGCAGAAGAACGGCUUCCGCUUCCUGGUCGUCGCCAUCUGCGCCGGCAUCGCUUGGGGCGGCGCCGACAACCUCGACAAAUUUGUCGCCCUCGUCGGCAACUUCGCCUGUAUCCCGCUGGUCUAUAUCUACCCGCCCCUGCUUCACUACCGGGGUGUGGCCCGCAGCAGGUUGUGGAAGGCCAGCGACAUCGCCCUGUGCAUCUUUGGGCUCGUCGCUAUGGUCUACACCACCAGCCUGACCAUUAUGAGCUGGGCCAAGGCAACGGGACCGGCUCUGCCAGGUUACUGCGACAGCAAGAGGAACUAG